CGCCAGGGUUCCCGGAUGUCUCGCGAUACUGCGUUUACAAACGAUUGAACACUGCGACACCUGGUACACUGCUAUUUUGUGUCCUUCCUGACGCUACCUUUUCCACAGCGAGAAUGGUGCAGCUGCACGUGAAACGUGGUGACGAAAGCCAGUUCCUGUUCAGCACGUCAGUCGACGUCCCGUUGGAAACCCUGACCCAGCAGGUCACAGCCAUCUAUAACACCAGGCUCAAAGUAGACAGGAUAUGCUCAGAGUUCCCAGAGCUGGUGGACCACGGGGUGACGCUGCCCCCCAACAUGCAGGGUCUGACGGAUGAACAGAUUGUUGACCUGAAGCUAAAAGACGAGUGGGAGGAGAGGUGUGUCCCCAGCGGAGGACCUGAAUUCAACAAGGAUGAGAUCGGAAGGAGGAACGGACACGCUCCGAACCAGAAGAUGAAGGAGGUGCUGAGGAACACUAUGGAGGAGGCCAAGGCAGUCAUCUCUAAGAAACAGGCGGUGGCUGGUGUGUGUGUUACCAUGGAGACGGUGAAGGAGGCGCUGGACCAGCUGAGGGGCGCGGUGAUGAUUGUCUACCCCAUGGGCUUGCCGCCACACGACCCAAUCAGGAUGGAGCUGGAGGACCAGGAAGACCUGUCAGGAACACAGGCAUCUCUCCAGGUGAUUCCAGUGGAGGAGGCUCAGCUGUGGUGGGCUGCUAAGGAGUUGCAUAGAGGGAAGAAACUACAGGAUUACAUCGGCAAGAACGACAAAACCAAGAUCGUAGUCAAAAUACAGAAGAGGGGCCAGGGGGCGCCAGCCAGGAACCUGUGGUCACAGAGGAACACACAGAAACAGAUGAUGAUGCACCACUACAAGAUGCAACAGGAACUCAAGAUGCUGGACGAGGUGGAAGACGACAGUCACCUCCACUCAGACUGGUCAGACAGACAGGCCUUAAAGAGACAGUUCCAGGGCCUCAGCAACAUCAAGUGGGGUCCCAGAUAGACACACGUCUUUAUUUAUUUAUUUAAUACAAAUUGUAAGCUUUAGUUUGCAAAAAAAAAUUAAGUUGCUUCUGCAAUGUUGAAAAUAAAGUGUGUUGACAAAAAAAACGUGUUUUAAAUAUAUACACACGCCAACAGACAGAGGGAGACAGACAUGGAUAUGAACCCACAC